CACUGAGAGGAUCGUGCACAUUGGCUCCACCGCGUUGCGUGCGCAGCGUCGCCUCUUCCAAGCAAGCUCCCAUUAUUCUUCAGAAGGGCCGUUUUUUGCUCGAUCGACUUUGUUGUCUCACUCGGAUAGGAGAGGACCGUCUUUAUUUCUUCCCAAGAUGAACCAAACCGCUACGGUAUCGCAUCAAGUUAAAUGCCAAUCUACAAAGACAAUUAAGGACCUUGGUGGGGUGAGUCCACCUCAAAGGAACUGGAAGGGCAUCGCCAUUGCCUUGCUGGUCAUCCUCGUGGUUUGCUCCCUCAUCACCAUGUCAGUCAUUGUCCUCACGCCAGUUGACACCCAAGCUGGAAGCGACACCAAACUGACUGUGGAGGAUCUCUUUAAGCCGGAAUUCAAGGUUCAUGAACCCAAGGCUAAUUGGAUCAAUGACUCUGAAGUUAUUUAUAGAAACAGUGAUGGACAUGUCAUCAAGUUCAACAUCCUCUCCAACGAAACAGAGAUUGUCCUAUCAAACACAACAUUUAUAAAUUUCAAUGUGGCCAAGUACUCUGUGUCCCCUGACUUGAAGUAUGUUCUUUUUGCCUAUGAUGUCAAACAGGUUUACAGACAUUCCUAUAUGGCUUCCUACAGCAUCUACAAUAUCCACACAAGGUAAUUGUGGGAGCUGGACCCUCCAGAAGUGGUAAACUCAGUCCUGCAGUACGCUGCCUGGGGAGUGCAAGGCCAACAACUGAUUUACAUAUUUGAAAAUAACAUUUACUAUCAGUCUGAUGUGAAGAGUAACUCUCUAAGGCUGACAUCCUCAGGAAAGGAAGGCGUCAUAUUUAAUGGGAUUGCUGACUGGCUUUAUGAAGAGGAGAUCCUUCAGACCCAUGUGGCACAUUGGUGGUCGCCGGAUGGAGAGAGAUUGGCCUUCCUCGUGCUGAAUGAGAGUCAGGUGCCCAACAUGGCUUUGCCUCGAUUCACUGGCAUGACAUACCCCAAAGGAAAACAGUAUCCUUACCCCAAGGCUGGCCAACCCAAUCCAGUGGUGAAGCUUUUUGUUGUCAAUCUUUACGGGCCGACACACACGCUGGAGCUCAUGCCACCAGACAGCCUCAAACUAAGGGAUCAUUAUGUAACCAUGGUAAAAUGGAUCAGUAAGACGCAUACAUCUGUUAGAUGGUUGAACCGGGCUCAGAACAUCUCCAUUCUGACUGCGUGUGACACCACCACGGGAGCCUGUGUCACGAGACAUGAAGAAAAUUCUGAGCUCUGGCUUUCCAAACAGAACCAAGAUCCAGUGUUCUCGAAAGAUGGCAAAAGAUUCUUCUUGACUGUUCCAGUGAAACAAGGGGGACGUGGAGAGUUUCAUCACAUCGCCAUGUUUAACACCCAGUUCCGAGCAGAUGAAAAUGAAGUCCGGCAUUUAACGUCAGGAAACUGGGAGGUGACAAAAAUCCUUGGCUAUGAUGAAAGCUCUGAUAACCUUUAUUUUCUCAGUACGGAGGGUUCACCUCGAAGGCGGCAAGUUUACAGCGUGAAAACUGUUGGAUUGUUCCCACGAUGGUGUUUAACAUGCGAGCUCAAUAAGGCGCACUGUUUGUACUUUGAUGCUGUUCUAAGCCCCACGAACCAGCACAUUAUCCUUCACUGUAAAGGUCCUGGAACACCUAUGGUGAUCUUACACAGCCUCAAUAGUACAAAUUACUUUAUUCUUGAGAACAACUCGGUGCUGAAGGCAGCCUUGAACAUCAAAAGGAUCCAGCUGACUGACUUCAGGACAGUUUCAAUCGGACAUUUUGAUUUACCUUUGAAAAUCUCCUAUCCGCCUGACUUCUCAGAAUCUCGUCACUACGGGCUCCUCUUGGUUGUCGAUGGCUUCCCUGGUGGUCAGGCUGUGAGUGACCAAUUUGCUCUCAGCUGGGACUCAGUGCUGGUCAGCUCAGACAACGUUAUUGUGGCUCGUCUCGAUGGGCGGGGUAGCGGCUUCCAGGGCCAGAGGGUCUUGCAUGAAGUGCACCAGAGACUGGGCACUGUGGAUGUUCAGGACCAACUCGCAGCAGUGGAUUACAUGAUGAACUUUCCAUACAUCGAUAAGACUCGGAUAGCAAUUUUUGGAAAGGGGUAUGGAGCCUAUAUUGCAUUAAUGCUGCUCAAGUCUACAGAUAGUGUCUUCAAAUGUGCUUGCGCGAUGUCACCUGUGACAGAUUUGAAGUUGUAUGCAUCAGCCUUCUCGGAGCGAUAUCUUGGCAUGCCUUUGCGAGAUGACAGCAGAUAUCAGUUAUCCAGUGUGCUGCAGAACGUUCAUGCGCUAAGAGACCAGACACUGAUGCUUGUACACGGCACAGCAGAUGCUAACAUCCACUUCCAACAUACUGCCGAGCUGGUCAAGAACCUCGUAAAAGUUGGAGCAAACUACUCGAUGCAGCUGUACCCAGACGAAGGCCAUUUCCUGUCCCAUCAAAGCAACCAGCACCUGUACGCCACUCUUACGAGCUUCUACAGGGAAUGCCUGAAGGAGGAGUUACUCCCACUGACGGAUGAUGAAGAUGAGGAGGAGGAGUAGGCAGGAGGUCUUUGUGCAGUCGGACCACAUUUUAGAUGGACACGGACAGUAGAGUUUUAGAGCUGCUCAUGCGCUUAAGUCUGUGCGAUUGCACAUUUGUGAAAUAGAAAGACAACUUCUGGCCACCAAUGAUGACAGGGACACUUUUUACAGCGUGGACUUGAGAUAGGAAAGGGCCUCUAAAAUUUCAAUUCCACUGCAAUUAUUGUCAAAGCACACUGAACACCCUUCCUCGUCUUUUGCGAGAUCCCUUGUGGUCAUUCACCAUUGUUACAGUUGCAUGGAUCUGUUUCGUUCCCUUUACCCUUCUCUCUUCUGUGGUGUCGAUUGAGAGAACACCACUUACCUCUUUUUUUAUUUUCUUGGAUCACAACAUUGACUAGAGUCUCUGGUGAAAAGUUGAAAUAUUUUUUGGGGGGGGGGUGAUCACAAACUGAAAUGCGGCUGCACCUGUUCCAAUCGAUGUGCAAGAAACUAUUGAGCAAGGCAUGCCUAAAACACUGCGAUUGGCUGGCAACCGGUUCAGGGUGUCCACCGCCUCCUGCCCGAAGACAGCUGGGAUAGGCUCCAGCACCCCCCGCGACCCUUGUGAGGAUAAGCGGAUUGGAAAAUGGAUAGAUGGAUGCCUAUAACGUGGGUGAGCAGUGCUAACACAAUCCACAGAAUGAUUCAAACUCCAACGUCCUUCAUAACGUCGUUGAAUGGGUUCACAAAGUGUUUUAAUGAAAUCAGAAAAAUAGCCAAUCUGUUUUACUGUGAUACAACUGAGCAAUGAAUGAAAAUGAAAAGAGGCUAUGUAUUGAUGCACAAAGAAAUGCUCCCCAGCCACUCAGAUCCUGAAUAAGUGCAAUUCCUACUGUAACCCACCUCCCCACCACCACCACUGCCCCUGACAUAAAAACACUUUCUCUAUGUCACAUUUAUUGUACAGGGGUUUUUGUGUAGACAUGUACAAUGCCUUAUGAGGUUCAGCAUACUGUAAUAUAUCUUGCGGGCAGUGAUCGUUUUGCAUUAGCAGUGUCAUUUAAACCGAUGUUAACUCAGGUGUUUGAGAAAAUAGACAAAGUUUAGGAUCUGAAAGCUAAAACUCUCAGUCUGCCAUACGGUCUCCAUUAAGUUUCUACAUGAAGGUAGUAAAUACCAGGCCAUGCAGUAAUAAUUCAUUUCAGAAUAUGAUCUGUUAUUGAAUACGAAUGCAGGCAGUCACAUCUCAAAAGUGGUGCAUAUUCUUUUUUCAAGAUAUUCUCCAAAGACCUAAUAUUUGAAAAUGUAUCAAAAUAGAAGUUAUAAAUGGAUUUUUUUUUUUUUCAGUAUCAACAAGGUGUUUGCAUGUCUCCUGAAAAUGUGUCAGGGUUUGGCACAUUUUGUACAGUACAAUACAGCAAAGUGUGUACAUAAAUAUAUUUUUGAGAUGUCUCGUAGAAAGUUGAGUCCAAAGGGAAUUCAUUGAGUUGACUUGGAUGUAUCGUAUGGUUCUGUUUCCCUUAGGUUUUAUCUCCACGAUAAUUUACUUAGAAUGGAUUUUGUAUUGCCUGAUCUUUUUUUUUCCCCUUCUUUUUAAAAAGGGAAAGGACGGGGUCGUGGUCUUGGGGUUGUUGUGAUUGUCCUCUAGCAAUGGGUAUAAAUAGAAAAAUAAUAAAAAAGAAAAUGAAUAAACAAAAGUGUCUUGAGUCAGCAUUGUACAAACAUAAUUAACGAAAUUUACUUGAACGACACGAAUGUGAUGAAGGAUUCUGUCAUUUUACAAGCUAUGGUGUAACUUCUCUUGAUCUGGACAUUUACUACAGCUGGGGACUACCGAUAAAUGGAAUUUAACUAUUAAGUCCUAUUUUGCGGUGUGUGUAGUUCUGCAACUAGUUUUCAUGACUUGCCAACCGCCUGCCAACUCCACAUCCAAUCGCAAGUGUACGGCGUCACACUGGGGGAAAGGUUUUACGAUGCGAUGCGACUAACACAGAUGCUUGCGGCCAAUGGAAAAUGUCAGGCUGGACAGUAGAAAGACCUGAUUGAUAUGUGGUGUGCACCGUCAUGUUUGAAUGAUUCGUGCCAACUGGAGCUCAAACAGAAAAGUGAAAGUCCACACACUGUUGAAGACGGCAUGACUUCUUAGAAUUGCUCCCAAGUUGUUGGAAGUUCAAUAAAAGUGGUGCUUUCAAACAUUUCCC